AUGAAGUUCCUCACCCUCGCUGUGCCCGCUACCCUUGUCAUGGGCGUAGUGGCCAUGCCAGUUCCUUCUACAAGCAAAGCGGCGCGCCUUUCUGGCGAGAACCUCUUCGACGGGCUGGCCAAAGAAGGAGGACUCUCGGGGUUCUUGUCUGGCGUGCACCUGCCUUUCUUGAAUCCUAGUCCGAAGAAGGAUGAUGAUGCUGCUGAUGAGGAUCCUGGUGAUGAUAAAGGGCCUGGUUCUGGUAAUGAUAAUAACGGGGAUGGCCAGGCUAGUCCUAUCUAUGGGUCUGAGGAUUCGGCGGGUGUGGGAGCUGGAACUCAGGAUGGGGCUGAAAGGCAGUGA